AUAGAGUGUAAACCAGUUUACAUUUUGCUAAUGGAUAUAAUUAUAUAUGUGUGUGUAUGUGACUGUGUAAGUAUGUUUUUUGUUUUGUUUUUUCAGAAACAGAGAUCAGACUUGAAAUGAAAGAAGCUACUGCAGAGCUACACCUUUCUCUGGAAGAAACUCACAAGCAUAAAUUCAUGAGUGAUGGUUCUUAUGACUUCACUUGGGGAGAAAUCUAUGAUCAGAAUAUCCAUGUUGGGGAAAAACCUUAUGAAUGUAAUCAUUAUGGUAAAGCCUUCAGUCAACAGUCAUCCCUCAUUUAUCAUCAGAAAAUUCAUACUGGAGAAAAGCCACAUGAGUGUCAUGAAUGUGGCAAAACUUUUAGUGAACACUCAUCCCUGAUAAUACACCAGAGAAUCCACACUGGAAAGAAAUCUUAUGAAUGUGAUCAAUGUGGAAAGACUUUCAGAUUCAGGAAUGAUAUUGCUGUACAUCAGAGAAUCCACACUGGAGAGAAACCUUAUGAAUGUGACCAAUGUGGAAAGGCUUUUACACAGAAGGGUGGUCUCACUGUACAUCAGAGAACCCACACUGGAGAGAAACGUUAUGAGUGUAAUCAAUGUGGAAAGACUUUCAGAUGUAGCUCCAGUCUUCCUGUACAUCAGAGAAUUCACACUGGAGAGAAACUUUAUGAAUGUAACCAAUGUGGAAAGGCGUUUACACAGAAGGGUGGUCUCACUGUACAUCAGAGAACCCACACUGGAGAGAAACGUUAUGAAUGCAAUCAAUGUGGAAAGACUUUCAGAUACAGCUCCAGUCUUCCUGUACAUCAGAGAGUCCACACUGGAGAGAAACCUUAUGAAUGUAAUCAAUGUGGAAAGGGUUUCAGAUCCAGCUCCAGUCUUACUCAACAUUGGAGAAUCCAUACUGGGGAGAAACCUUAUGAAUGCAAUCAGUGUGGAAAGACUUUCAUAAAAAGGGCCAGUCUUACUUUACAUGGCAGAAUCCACACUGGAGAGAAACCUUAUGAAUGUAAUCAAUGUGGAAAGACUUUUGGUUGCAGUACUAGGCUUGUUCUACAUGAGAGAAUCCACACUGGUGAGAAGCCUUAUGAAUGUAACCAAUGUGGAAAGGCUUUUACACAAAGGGCCAGUCUUGCUUUACAUGAGAGAAUUCACACAGGGGAGAAACCUUAUAAAUGUUAUCACUGUGGAAAGGGUUUCAGAUCCAGCACCAAUCUUGCUGUCCAUCAGAGAAUCCACACUGGAGAGAAACCAUAUCAAUGUAAUCAAUGUGGAAAGACAUUUACAGAAAGGAGCAGUUUUACUGUACAUCAGAGAACCCACACUAAAGAGAAACCUUAUAAAUGUGAUCAGUGUGGAAAGGCUUUCACACAAAGGGCCAGCCUUGAUCAUCAUCAGAGAAUCCACACUGGAGAGAAACCUUAUGAAUGCAAUCAAUGUGAAAAGACUUUCAGAUACAGCUCUAGUCUUACUGUACAUCAGAGAAUCCACACUGGAGAAAAACGUUAUGAAUGUAACCAAUGUGGAAAAACCUUUACAGAGAGGAGCAGUUUUAUUGUGCAUCAGAGAACCCACACUGGAGAGAAACCUUUUGCAUGUAACCAGUGUGGGAAGACAUUCAGAACCAGAUCUGGUCUUGCUGUACAUCAGAGAAACCACACUGGGGAAAAACCUUACAAAUGCAAUCAAUGUGGAAAGGCUUAUCCACAGAGGGCCAGUCUUGAUCAUCAUCAGAGAAUCCACACUGGAGAAAAACCUUAUGAAUGCAAUCAGUGUGGAAAGACUUUCACCUGCCGCUCCAGUCUUACUGUACAUCAGAGAAUCCACACUGGAGAGAAACCUUAUAAGUGUAAUCAAUGUGGAAAGACUUUUAGAUGUAGUUCCAGUCUUCCUGUACAUCAGAGAAUCCACAAUGGAGAGAAGCCUUAUGAAUGCAAUCAAUGUAGAAAGACUUUCACUCAGAGGGCUGGGCUUACUGUACAUCAGAGAAUUCACACUGGAGAGAAACCUUAGGAAUACAAUCAUAUAGAAAAAUCUUCCAAAAGACAGAAUCUUGAUGAACAUUAGAGAAUCCACACUGGAGAGAAAAUUUAAGAAUAUAAUCAGUGUGGAAAAUUUUUCAAAUACAGACCCAAUUUUCCUGUAUUUUGGAGAAUUCACACUGGAGAGAAAUCUUAUAAAUGUAACCAGUGUAGAAUGGCUGUGUCUCAGAGGGCUGGUCUUACUGUAUAGCAGAGAAUCCACACUGGAAAGAAAUAUUAGGAAUGUAAUCAAUGUGAAAAGACUUUCUUUCUUUUUUUUUUUUUUUUGCUGAGGCAAUUGGGGUUAAGUGACUUGCCCAAGGUCACACAGCUAGGAAGUGCUAAGUAUCUGAGGCUAGAUUUGAACUCAGGUCCUCCUGAUUUCAGGGCUAGUGCUCUAUCCACUGCACCACCUAGCUGCCGUGAAAAGACUUUCAAAUGCAGCCCCAGUCUUCCUAUACAUUGAAGAAUCCACACAGGAGAGAAAUCUUAUGAAUGUAACCAAUAUAGAAUGGCUUUGUCCCAGAGAGCUGGUCUUAGUAUACACCAGAGAAUCCACACUGGGGAGAAACUUUGGGAAUGUAAUCAAGGUAGCCAGGCUUCAGGAAAAAGUCAGCCCUUAUUUCUCCUCAAAGGAUACACAUGUGAUAGAAUUUUUUUUUUAAAUAGUAUUUUAUUUUUUCCAAUUAUAUGUAGAGACAAUUUUUAAUAUUCACUUUUACAAAAUUUUGAUUUGGCUACAUAUAUACAAUCAUGUGAAACAUUUCCAUAUAUGUUGUGAAAGAAGAAGCAGACCAAAGGAAAAACACACAAAAUAAAGCGAAAAUAGCUUCCA